AUGUGUGCCACAACUAUAAGAGACAAGAAUGACCCGUGGACCGGCCAAAGCCCGCGCGGCGCUGCAUCCCCGCGUCCAGUGCUUACGUCCCGCCGCCGUCGCCACCAUCCCGGGAGAAAGGCCGAGGGAGAUGCUAAAGGAGAUAAAGCCAAGGUGAAGGACGAGCCACACAGAAGAUCUGCAAAGUUAUCUGCUAAACCUGCUCCUCCAAAGCCAGAGCCCAAGUCUAAAAAGGCCCCAGCAAAGGGAGAGAAGGUACCCAAAGGGACAAAGGGGAAAGCUGACGCCAGCAAGGAUGGGAAUAACCCUGCAGAAAAUGAAGACGCCAAAACAGACCGGGCACGGAAAGCCGGAGGUGCUGGAGAUGCCAAGUGAAGGGUGUGCAUCU